AUGGCUUCUCGACAGGUUUUGCGUGGCUUCAGGGACUUCAACUCCCAUGCCACUGGUAGGGCAUGGUACAGUUUCGCUUCUUCGACGUCGUCGCGUCUCUCCAGACCGAAGUGCACACGAUUAUCUGCGACACCUUUGCCUAUGACAGGUUGGCAUAGCCUUACCUUUGGUACAAGAGGGCUUCACUCCACGCGAGCUGUACGAGACAGCUCAUUCACCAAUCUACUAGCGGACGACGGUAAUCCACCCCCAGUGCAGGUCUCAUCCAUUUCGGAUGCGGGGAUUCAGCUGGCAGAUGGGCUUAUUCUACCAGGCGCUUGUAUGUUUCUUGAAGGCAAGGUCUUCCUUUGGGACGUGCCAAACACAGACUUGAAGUCAAAAAUUACGGCGGAAAGAUGGAACGGGUGGAAUGGGGAAUUGUUCCAGAUACUGGAAGUGGUGACCCCAAAGCCUGAAAUGCUUUUGUUGGGUACUGGGAAGACACUAGUGCCUCCUCCAGCAUUCUUGCGGUCAUAUCUCAGUGGUUUAGGAAUUCAGCUAGAGAUCAUGGACACGAGAAACGCUUGUUCUACAUAUAACCUGCUGUCUGAAGAAGGACGACGCGUCGCUGCUGCUUUGUUACCGUUCAAACCUUAUACCUGGCCCAAAACAACCCAGCCAUGA